AUGGCCCGGCGCCCGCCCGGCCUCGCUCCGGCCCCUCCGUUCCUCCUCCUGCUCCUCCUCCUGCUCCCUCCGCUGCAGGGCCGGGGCUGCUCGCCCUGCUUCUGGUUCGCCACGCCGGACACGGUGCAGUGCCGCUUCGUGCAGCUGCAGGAGCCGCCGGCAGAGCUGCCGUCCGCCGUCCGCAACCUGACCGUGGCCGGCGGCAACCUGACCGUCCUGGGCCGGGCGGCCUUCGCGGGUGGCUCGGGGCCGCGGGGCUCGGCUCGGCGCCCGCUGCUCCACUUAACGUCGCUGGCUUUGCUCCGGAGCCGCAUCGAAGCGCUGGAAGAGGCGGCUUUCGCCGGGCUGCCGUCCCUGGCCGCCUUGGAUUUAAGCCACAACCCGCUGCGUCGCGUCUCGCCCGGCGCCUUCCUCUUCUGCGCCCGCUUGCAGCGGCUCGGCUUGAACGGGGCGCUGCCGUCCGGCCGUCCGGCCGAGGAGCUGCUGGGCUGGGCGCUGGCCAACCUCAGCCUGGCCCGGCUGGAAGUGGCCGGCAACGGGCUGCGCGCUCUGCCUCCGGGCUGGGCGCUGCCGUCCUCUCUGCAGGAGCUGGAUGCGCGCAACAACUCGCUGCAGGCGCCGCGGCCGGAGGGGCUGGCGUCGGCGGCGCCGCUGCUGCGCCUGCAGCUGGCCGGCAAUCCUCUGACUUGCGACUGCCCCGCUCUGCGACCGCUGCUGCUCUGGCUGGGCAACGCCACGUGGCGGGCGCCGGAUCGGCGGGAGCUGCGCUGCGCUGCCCCGCCGCCGCUGCGGGACGCGCUGCUUUUGCGCCUGAGGCCCCGCCAGCUCAAGUGCCUGGAGGAAGGGGCGGCCUGGGGGCUGCUGGAGCCCGUCGGGGGUCCCGAACCGAAGGAGCUGGAGACGGUAUCCUACGUCUUCCUGGGCCUGGUCCUGGCGCUGAUCGGGCUGGUCUUCCUGAUGGUGCUGUACCUGAACCGACGGGGCAUCAAGCGGUGGCUGAACAACCUGCGGGAGGCCUGCCGGGAUCAGAUGGAGGGAUACCAGUACCGGUACGAGCAGGAUAGUGACCCCCGGAGGGCCAGCCCGGGGGGUCUCUGA